AUGCUUUUCAGCAGAGAUAUUGGAUGUCAAGAGGAAAUUGCCGUUUACAACCGCAGCGUACCGGUGUGCGCCGAGACCUCCGGUCUCACGUGGCACCUCUGCUCCGGGCACCGGCUGCGCGGGUCUUUCCCUUGCUGGGGGAGUGGGAAGGGCUGUGCCCUGGGAAAAUGCAGCGAGGAGAAGCGAGAGGAGAGAGUUCCUGCCCUGCGAUCUCCAACCGGCAGGAGAAGCAAUCACGGCGGGAGGACGGGGCGGCAGAGGAGGGGUGGUGGCGGCGCUCGGCUCUCCUUUAGCGAGCCCCGAGGGGCUGGGGGGGGACAGCAGGCAGCCAGCGCGGGGUCUCCGGCCACCGACGUGAAGUACGGUUCUGCCGCAGCUAGAGGGCUUCGCCGCUGCCGCACAGCCCCGCACAGCCCCGCACGCCGCUGCCGCACACCCCGGCACCGGCUGGGGCUCCGCCAAGCCGCUCCCCGCCAGCCCCACGGCCGGGGGGCCCCGCCGCAGGGCCGCCGGACCCCCACCGAGGGGUUGGGGGACGGGCCGCCGUCUCCUCACGCCCCCCUCUUGCCCGCAGCCCGGCCGCCGUCAUGCCCGCCGCCGCCGCCGCUCCACUUCUUCUGCCGCCGCCGCUCCAACUUGGCGGCUGAGCCCUUCCCCGACACGCAGGCCUGGGUGUGUGACGGGGACAGUGACUGCGAGGACAACUCGGACGAGGAGAACUCUUUCCAGAAGGCGACCACCACCACUGCCAGAGCAAAGCCCAUCGACAGGGCCAUCUAA